AUGGCCAAGAAGAUUAUUGCUAUCGUGGGAGUUGCGGGAAACCAGGGUGCCUCCGUUGCCGGAUUGUUUGUUGGCAAGGGGGACUGGCAUGUCCGUGGCCUUACGCGCAACCCAAGCAGGCCCGCAAGCCGAGCUUGGGGAGACAAAGGCGUCGAACUCGUUAUAGCCGACUUGAAUGAUGUCGCCUCCCUGAAACCGGCCUUCGCAGGAUCAACAGUCAUCUACGGCGUUACUGACUUCUGGGGCAUCGUGGCCGAUUCCAAAGUCCAGGAGCGCGCUCAGGCCCAGCUAACGUGGCCGCUUACGAGGUUGAGGUGCAAGCAUGGUCGCAAUAUUGUAGGCGCCGCAAAUGCACCGUGGACACCUUGGAUCGGCAACUUCGUCAACGCUCUAUUGCAGGUUGAGCCGGGCAAAAAUCUCCUUGGCUAUGCCAGCAUAUUGAGCUGGAAUGGGUUCGCUGCCUUGUGGGGUAAGACUCAUGGCGUGACGUGUCGCUUCCAGCGUCUGGACCACACUGUCCUUGAAAAUGCGGUCCCUGGAGACAUAGGCGAGGAACUGGCCGAUAUGUUCGAUUACAUCCGAGACUUGGCUAUGAUGGUCGUGAUCCAAGCGCUGUCUACCCCAAAGACUUAG